CAUCUUAUAUAACAGAUCUCCUGGAUAUAUAGUGUUGUCACAUUUUACCUGGCUGUCACAGAGGGUGAACAUUACAGGGGUGACAAUUCAGAAAUUUCAGGUGUUAUCUGCCUAGCCUAAAGUAAAGACUGAAGCACGGAUUACCAGUGUUUUCAUAUGCCAGGAUAUAAGUGGAUGAACUUGGUCACUGCUAACAAAGGACUGAAAUUUGAACCACCUGUGUUACAUCAAAGCUGAUCAACAAUUGCUGGCCUGACGUCCUUGAUUGAGGAGCAAUUGAGACGUGUUCUAGAGCUACCUGAUUGUGGACUCAUCUUGUCAUCUGUAUUGGUCUGCAUUACUUAGGAAGGAUGAGCACUAAUUCCGAACCAUCAAACCAUGUGGUGUUGUAUGUGAAGGGGGGUAAGACAGGCACUACACUUGGGGCGUGUCCCUUCUGUCAGCGCAUGAACAUGAUCGUCAAGCUCAAAGCUGAGGGCGGAGCACUCACCUAUGACUUGGAGAUUGUUGACAGCACCAGACCAUCUAAAGAAUUCCGUAAAUUCGCUAACCGCCUGCCAGUGCUGAAGCAUGGAGAAGAAGUUCUGUCGGACAAUGACGAAAUCGUAGAUUAUCUGGAGGCUAAUUUCCCCGAUCCUGGUCUGAAGUUUGACAAUCCGCUGGCUAAUGCAGUCUGCCUGGAGGUCUUCUCCAAGUUUUCCUUCUACAUCAAACAAGUGAGCCAGUCUGCCGAGCACAUGAACGCAGAGAUGUGGAGAAUCAACGACUACCUGGACCAGGCCGGUACCAAGUUUCUGGCCGGCGACAAAAUAUCCAACCUUGACACGUUGAUGUUGCCCAAAUUGCAGCAUAUCAGAGUGGCUGCUAAGGCCUUCAGGAAUUAUGAGAUGCCAGAGAGCAUGACGGGCACCUGGCGCUAUCUGAAAAAUGCAUAUGAGCUGAAAGUCUUCAGAGAAAGUUGCCCAUCUGAUCAGGAGAUUGUACAUCACUGGAGCUCUAAGCCGGAAGUUACACCCCUGCCAGCCGACAAACAGCGCUACUAUUGCACGGACUCUGAACCACGCUACAGUAUGUCUGUCCCUGAUGGCAUUUGAACCACAUCCUCCCUAACACACUCAUUGUGAUAUUAUUAAUAUAAAUAUAAGAAUGACAAGUAUCUUGUCAUUUUAAUCAGUAAUGCCUAGUGUGACUGUAUAAGACUGGAGGCUAAAACUAUUUACUCGUUAACUAUGUGACUGUACAUGUAAAUGUUCAUGUGGCUUGUACUGAAGUGUCAAAAUACUGCAUUCUAAUUGGAUGAAAUUGAUCAGCAUUCUUGCCAAGGGUUACUGGCCAGAAUUCUGUCUCUAUAUAUGAGAAUAGUUGACUUUUUGUGAGAACAGUUGACUGUAUUUGUGAGAACAGUUAACUAUCCAUGUGAACAGUUGACUGUAACCAUGAGAGCAGUUGACUGUAUUUGUAAGAACAGUUGACUGUAACCAUCAGAACAGUUGACUAUUUGCAAGAACAGUUGACUAUUUGUAAGAACAGUUGACUGUAACCAUCAGAACAGUUGACUAUUUGCAAGAACAGUUAAUUAUCCAGGAGAACCCAGUGCCUGCUGCAUCAUGCCGUCUGACUGAAUCUCUGAGAUCCCCUUUUCCUGGGAGACAUAUAGUCAUUGCCACUCCUUUUUUUUUUGUUAUGUGCUUAAAGAAAAGAUCUGAACAGGUUUUGUUUCUUUUGGUGACCUGAAAUGUGCAUCAUACUCAGUCCAGCUGUUCAUGAUGUUUCCAAGGCUUAAUCUCUCUCACCCUUCAGUGAUUUUAUCAGAUGUAUUUUGGGUUAUUAUUUUUAUUUAGAAGGUAUGUUUUGCUGUAUGAUAUCUGAUUGUGAUGGGGAUGCAUGCUAUUUAUCAGGAGAGAUACAGUUUAUCAACAGAAAAUAGAACAGGAUAAUAUAGCACACUUGACUGAGCGUCAGUGGUAGGCCGUAACAUAUCUUACAUGAGCGCAUCUCCUUCAUGGGACUGGCCAGUACAUGUACAUCAUCUAGCGUUAUGUGCAAUACGAAGGGAUCAGUUUAUGCACAUGAGAUAUGAUCAUACACAGCCACUGUUAUAAAGCAGAUAAUAAAAUAAUUGAAUAAGCAGGUGCCAUCUUAUUUCCCAUUUACAGAUUACACAGUAACAUAUCCUUCAUGUAAGACAGAUUCAAAUCAGACAACUCUCGUCUGCUGCUGUUUCAAUCCUGUUUACAUGCAAAUGAAGUACUAACACUGGUAGUUGUACAUGCAGAGGGGUUGGUAGCAGUUUCUAGCCUUUAUCUUCUUUCUUCCUUGUGCUACAUACAGAAAGCGUGAAAUCUAUUAAAAUGACCAUGGUGUAUAAUUUAUCAUUCAAGGUCAGUCAGUGUCAGGUGGUGCAUGUAUUUUUAGGACUCAAAAUAUUUGAAUAUCUGUAUGCUACACUUUUGCAAAAAGGAGGAAAAUUAUGAUGCCCCACGAGGCCUUCAGAUUUUAUGAUUUAAGUGAAUUGCAUUGACUUUCAUCACAUAUUUGCAAACCUGUUACAUGUGCAGUAAUUAACCUGUAAUACAUGUAUUAUGUAUAUGCUAAAGUAAGUUGUUGUUGCUCCAAGUAACAAUGUAAAUGAACCCAAACAAGCCUUUAUCCAAAUGCCUGUAUUGACUUACAUAUGAUUUUACUCACAUGUAGUAUCAAGUGUUCAGUGCAUAUGGAGCCAGCAUGUUGAUGUGGUAUGGACUUGCCCAGUCUACAGACCGCUGGCCUGCCUUAGUCAUCUUCUCCGGACCAUGCAGACUUAAAUGUUGUUACCAAAUCAAACUCGGCUCGUGUACAGGAUUUCAACAGGGGAGCAACAACAACUAGGGUUGUUGUUCUCUGAAGGUUUAUUUUCCCUGUACAUUUGUUACAUGAAAAUGAGGUGUAGAUGUAAUGAUGUCUUAAAUAAUAUUCAUGUAGAGAAUAAAACACUAUUAAACGAAGAAGUCAGUGACCUGUGGGGGUUACUUCGGUAAAAAUCUAAUUUGUUCAUCAGGAGGGCUACAUCUACAUGCAAGUCCUCGGUAUAUGGUGCAAAUAUUGUUUCCAAUUUUAUGUUAACCUCUUCAUUUUCCUCGAUGCCAAAAUCUUUAAAUCAACGAUCUGCGUGAUGCAUUUUAGUUUUAUAUGUUAAUGUAGUAAUAAUAAUAAUACCUGCCUACAUGCUGCGUGCAUGUAUACAUAAUUCUUACACUGCUUUAAUUCUCCUGAUUUUUGAGACAGAUAUUAGUAGUGUUGAAAGUAGAAUAAUACAUUUCUUUAUAAGCCUUUUGGAAAAGUAAAGCUAUGAGUAUGUUGUUCAGUAGAUGAUCUAACCACAUGGGAAAAAAGAAACUCAAUAUUCCUGCUACAAUUACAUAUAUAUUCUCUAAAAUGAUCAGACCAGGUGUCCCUAAAAUUAGAAGAAAUGGGGUACUUGCAGGCAUAUCACAGUUUUAAGUUUGUUGCACAAUUCAAAAUUUAAAUUAUGAAUAAAAUCAAGUUAAAGUGUGCAGACUUACCAUGUCAGAAAAUUAUUUGCCUGGUAUUUUACAAUUUAUGUACCCUGGGUUUAAGGACAUGUAUACGCAUGUUGUAUGGCUGAAAUAUAUGCUGUAUAAGAAUGAUGGAUGGAAACUGUUAGCAAACCAGAUUAGCCAGGUCACGAAAAAUGGUUCUGUACUUGCAUACUGGGUGCUGGAGUGUGUAUAUGUACACAGAGGAGAUCCUGCAUGUAAAUUAAUGUAUGGAUUCAAGUUGUUGCGCCUCUGUUAGUUUAUGCGACACUGCUGUGGUGUGAGUUUAAAUGAAUCAUAAUUAAUGUGCAGCAUUUCCCCAGCUUCCCUGAAUUACUGACAUCAGGUUAUGGGUUUAGAGUUGAUGUUUCCUGAGUAACAUGAAUUGUGGUUGUAUUUCAUGACAGAAAUCACCCUGUGUUUGUGGUAGCUCCUCCUUUGUACAUUUGUUAUUGUAUGGGUUUAUGACUUAGCUCCUUUAGCUGCUUUUAAUAACAUCUCGAACAUAAUUCCUAUUUGAAAUUUAGUGAAGCUUAUUUUACUUUUUACAUUAAGGUUACAUCAAAUGUUCUUUUUAUUUUUCAAACCUACAGUAUGUAUAGACUCAGUUGCAAUUAAUUGAUGAGCUGUUAGCCUGUAUUAGUUGGUUCAGAUUUAAAUUAAGAAAAAAAAAAGUCAUUUGUAACAAUUUUCUAAACAAGGUCUUUGGAAAGAUUCUGUAUGGGGCUGUAUAUAACCUAUAUUUUAACUGAGCUGAAGGAAAUCAGCAGUUUUAGACCCUUAGUCUAAGCAGAUGGCAUGGUUAUAUUAUUUAUUUAUCUAUUGCAAAGUAGACUAGAAAACUUUUUUCCUUUACAUUUUUUAUUGUUGAAUAUAGUUGAACAAUUUUUCACUUUUGUAUUUAUACGUUUUAGAUCUGUUGAUGGUUUUUCGUCAUGUUUUUAUUUUCUCUGAUUAUAAUAUGAAAGUGUAGGCUAACCUUUGUGUGGAAUGGCUAUAUUUGAAGUAGCAUUAGUUACAGCCUCAUGCAAUGAGAUUACACAUGUGGACUUAGCAUUUUAGUUCAGGGUUGGCCACACAGAUCUCAGGAAAUCAGUUUCUAGGGGGGCGUCUUCUUUUUACUGCAAUACGCUGUUGUGAGCCAACAUUCUGUGAGAUUUAUACAUGUACAUGAAUGAAGUGAACCCCACAUAAAUUCUGUUCAUGUAUAUUUUAAUAAUCUCAGGCUAUCCACAUUGCUGGAUUAAUGGGCAAAUUUGAAAACAAUUUUCAUUAUGUUUGACAGGUUAGUCAAACAUUUGAGGAAUUAAUGGAUUUAAAAUGAUCAUCAAAGAAUGAUUCUGCGAUCAGGUCAUCUGCAGAAUGUAAGCUGUUUCUUGAAGACCACCCCUGUAAACUUUGGCAGCAUGACCCAACUGCCGUUCAGCCUCAGUGUCAAUUCCUCCACUGCUUGUGUUGUGUCUUGAUGUAGACCACAGUUGAACACUUCUGAACACAGGUUGCUAUAAAGUGUAGACAUAUUAUCAUUAAAUUAACUUAUUUACUUUAUGUUGCAUUACAUUGUGAUGUUUUUAUCUUAUUAUUUUCCCCAAAUUGUGCUAUUUGUUGUUAACUGAGUUCCCUGGUUUUAACACAAGUUACAAUAGGUAACUGAAUCUUUACUUCAUUGUUCAUUGUAUACCACUUGAAAUUAAUUAUGGUCAGAAAUUAUUUCAGAAUAAUAGAGAAUUAAAACCCUUGCAGAA